AUGAGAUAUUCAUCGCGAGAUGAUCGCAAGACAAAAACUAACGUCGACGAAGAGAAUGGUAGGAAUUUUACUAGGAGGUCGUCGCAAUUAUCUGAUUUUGUUGUAGACAGGGGCCGUAGACGUUCUUAUCGAGAAAAUGACUCCCUAAGUGGCAGCAGAACCAGAAGUAGUAGCAGAACCACCAGCGGAAAUCCUGAUUCCUCCAGAUCCCGGUCGUCGUCUCCAUCGUUGGAGAAAUCCGGGGAAAAGGAAGAGUCGAAUAAACCUAAUUAUCGUAAGAGAAGAUUUUUACAGCGCUGGGACGACGACUUUGUAGAUGACACAUCCUGCCCAGUUGACCAGCCAAAUAACACAAAAAGUGAGAGUAACGAGUUGCCUUAUAUUUAUCAGCAACCAGAGUUUAUAAGAAUUACACAAGAUAUUAUCAGAAAGUGUGAUGCCGAAGAUGUUUUAGUUGAAUUCUUAAGGGCAUUGGACGAAAACCAAUCGUAUGAUUUAUCAAAAAUUUCAGACCAGCAGCUGAAGAAGAAAUUGAGACACUUAUCAAAAGCGCUAUAUUUAGAGAGGAAUAAUUCGGAAUUUAAGAAGCCGCCAGAAUGUAAAAUAUCAUUAUUUGAGGUGUACAACGAACUAUCGCCGUUCAUUAAAACAAAAAUUAAUUCUCAAGAACCUUACCAAAGAAAAGUACAGAGCUCUGAUAAUGAGCCUGAAAAACGGAAAUUACAUGAUGAUUCUAAGUGGAAACUAACUGCAGAAGAAGCCUCUGAGCUUAUGAGUUUAAGAGAAAUGCACGAGCAAGGAUUCUUCGUAGAUUAUGAAAAUAUCCAAAAGGAAUUUAUAAAAAAACAGAAGACGGCGGAACUUUGGGGGAAAACACCGGAAGAACAAAGGAAACUAUUGGCAUCAGAUAACGAGCCCGAAGAGCAACCUUGGAGAGUUUUUGAUCGAGAAAAGGAUCUACUAGGUGCUUCAAAGACUAACGCAAGCGAUUAUAGAAAUUUAUUAAACUCAGCAAACGAUUUUAAGGAAUCCUUUAAAGUAGUUACCAAAUCUACAUCAUUCAUGUAA